GGAGGCGAAGAUCCAGAAGCCCCCGCGAGCUGGGGGAGAGGAAGUUAGGCUGUGAGGGAAGCAUCCCGUUUCCUGCCGGCUUGCGGUCGGUCGUUCAUUCCUUGUCCGUUGGCUGUAGCGUUCGCUGGCUGCUUGGACGUGUUCUGCCGGGCCUGAGGAAAGAGAGAUGGGCCUGGGCCGGAGAUUCUAGCUGAGAAAGCAGUCUCUUUGUUAUGAUGCCAUCCCGUAAUAAUGUAACUACUGGGAUCCCCAGUAGUAAAGUGAAAUACUCCAAGCUUUCUAGCACAGAUGAAGGCUACAUUGACCUUCAGUUUAAGAAGAGUCCUCCCAAAAUCCCUUACAAGGCUAUAGCACUUGCCAUAGUGCUAUUUAUGAUUGGCACCUUUCUCAUUGUCAUAGGUGCUCUGCUAUUAGCUGGCUAUAUCACCAAAGGGGGAGCAGACCGAGCCAUUCCUGUUCUGAUAAUUGGGAUUCUGGUAUUCCUGCCAGGAUUCUACCACUUGCGCAUUGCCUACUAUGCUUCCAAAGGCUACAAAGGCUACUCUUACGAUGACAUUCCGGAUUUUGAUGACUAGAGUCUCCUUUGAUCCAGAAGAAAACAAUUGCUGUUGGGAAUAAGCUUAGCACUGAAAAGCUGAACCCAUGGAAAUUUAAAUACCAGUGGGUCAGAGAAUUCUCUGUUUCUGCAGUUAUUUUAGCAAGGUCCUUGCUGGGCUCUCUGGGGUCAUCCCAAAUAUGUUAACUGAGCUGGCAGUUAGAGAAAUAAUAAGACAUCUUUUUCUUUACCUCCUGUUCUGAGCUAAGAUUUUUGAAGAGUUAGCUUUUCCAUACACGCACACAUAUAUAAGCAGUUGUGGAAAUAAUAGAAUCACUCAAAAAAAAUUUUUUUUGUAAGACAUGCCCUUUUUAGUCUGAGGUUCAUCACCAGGUUGGCUUCAUGGUGAUGAAUUUUUCUACUGCAGCUGCUUUCAGAGACUAUCUGCAGUUAUAGAGAAGUAGUAACUAGAUCUCUCUAUCUGAAUAUGUGAAUAUAUACAUAUAUGUGUGUAUAUGUAUGUAUAUAUACACAUACAAACAUACACAGUAAUAGGAAUUUGGUGAGGAAGUGGCCAAAUAAUGGUUUGGUAGGAAAGAGACUGAAUCUCCCAACCUUAAGUUGAACAUUUUUACAUUUUAGCGUUUAUCUUUGGAAGUAGUCUGUUAUUAACAUGUUUUGUCAAAUAGAAAAAAUGCACUGUGUCUAAUUUUAUUUUGUUAAAUAAUUAUUUGAAAAACUCCAAAUGACUCAUUUAUCACAUCAACCUAUUUCUCCUAUUGUCUUCCAGUAGAACAUUGCUUGGUAAAACUAAGCAUAAUCAAAUUAGAAUCCAUAAUGAUUCUAACUUGCUUUUUGAAGUAACACAAGAAUUCAGAAUUUUGAAUGUCUCAGAACAGAUUUUGCAGUUUUUCAUCUUAUUGAUAUUUUUGCCAGGCCUUAUCUGUUUUCAUAGGUUUGAUGUCUAUGCCAUGGGGCAUUUUGUCCUCUGAAGAUCAGGAUGUUCUAUGCCUUUAUCAUUCUUUUAAGGGCUGAAUUUUUUUUUAACUAGUUUGUCAGGAUUACUUAUUUCCUAUGAAAAAUAAGGUUUGGGUGAUCAUAAUUUAGUUUUUUUUUUUUAUUGCUUUGUUAGUAUCUUUUAUUGUUUUCUUACUGUGAAGAGAUACAGACUGCAUCACUUGAACUCUAAGCUUGGCUAAUGUGGGCCAAUUAUUUCAUUGUUGCAGGGAGUGAGUACAUUUGAGAAAUUAAAAUGUCAAAAUCAGAGCUCUAGAUUUCAUAUUUGUAAAAGUUGUGCCUUAUAUUGGAUAUUGUAAUAGACUUUAUUGCUUAUCAUGUUGGA